GGAGCGGCGCAGCCGGGGCCGAGGAAGGGGGAUGCCGCGCGCCCGGCCACAUCCGCGCCGCGCCUAGAGCUGCCCGGCUCGGCUCGGCUCGGCCCCAUGGCGCUCAGCCCCUGGCACGUCCUGUCCCCGCUGACCUGGGCCAGGUGGACAUGGGCCGCGGUGCGGGGCGAGGACCCGGACCCGGACCCGGACCCGGGCUCGCCCGCGCUCAGCUCGGACUCAGAAGGGAAUUUUGAGACCCCCGAAGCCGACACCCCGACCCGCACGCCGCCGGAGCCGGGAGCCCCCAGGACCCCAGAGCUCCCCAGCACCGGUGACCAGCCGGCGGUGGAAGUUCCUGAGAAGCCCUUGCACCAAACGCAUUGGGAGGAUGAGGCGCAGGCAGCUCUCUCAGUCCCUGCGGGCGAACAGCACUGCCCCGCAGAGCCUAGCCUCGGGCUUGGCAGAGAUUCCCCAGUGAUGCCACAUGCUCCCAGGACAGAAGUGGCAGCACCUGGCAGUGAAACCGGCCCUGAAUCCUUGGGAACAUCAGCUCCAGACCAGCUUGUGACGGCCGAUGCCCCCAUAACCCCUUGGGAGCAGGGGAUGUCCAGAGAAGACAUGGUCAUCUCUCUCAAAGGGUCAGUGGAUGACGAGCCCCAGGCUGCCAGCGCUGCUCUGGAGCGGGUGCCCAGCAAGAGUAAGCUGAAGAAAAUGAAGCCACCUUCCCUUCGGAAGAGGGUGGACGUGGAGCUGGCGGAGGAGGGAGUCCCAGUCCCCCAGGCGUCAUACCAGUUCAAUCCAGAGGAGUACGAUGAGAGCGUGAACCCCUUUGUGACGGGAGGGUCCAAAAUACCGAACUCUCCUCCAGCAGCCCUGCACACCUUCCCUGUUCCUGGCAGUGAUGCCAGCAGCAAUGGGGGGGAGCUGCUGGAGGAGACCCGGGGGCAUGCCCUGAAACUAGAGUUUGAUUUUACGCCCGGGGCAGACAACCCAGAGGGCAAGAGAGCUCCGUCAAAGAAAGCCAACCGCAAGCCAGGCAGCAAGCUGACGCCCAAGCGGCAGAGGGAUGCUGCUCUCAAGCCCACAAGCGCUGAAGGUGUGGCUGGGGCUGUGGAUGACGUGCCGCUCCCCAAAGGGUCUUACAAGGUGGACCCCAGCCAGUGGGACAGUUCCAGCUUCAACCCCUUUGGGGGCAGCUCUGCUUUGCAGAACUCCCCGACCAUGCCCAAGGGGUCGUAUCAUUUUGACCCCACCAACCUUGACUCCGUGGAUCCUUUCAAACCCACCAAGAGCUUGGACGACACAGCUGCGGACCCCUGCCCCACUGCUGAUAACGACCUCAAUGAAAUCCUGGAGUCUCAGACGCUGGAGGUGCAGGUUGAGGAGCUGCUGCUAGGCAAAGGCUCGCCAAAGAAAGCCAAGUCGCGCUUGAUAACGACAACCGAACAAGUGAAAUUUCUCUGUUUUCUGUUGAGCGGCUGCAAGGUGAAGAAGUAUGAAACGCAGCCCCUGGUCCUGGAUGUCGGACCUCAGGGAGAAGGAGCGCUGAUCUCUGACCUCCCAGAAGUCGCAAAUCGAGACGGACAUGCCACAGAUGAGGAGAAGCUGGCCUCCACGUCCUGCAGCCAGAAGCUGCCUGGGCUGGAAGUGAAAGGGGAGGCCGAAGACGACCUGGAGUACUUUGAAUGCUCCACCAUCCCUGCGCUUGUCACGAAACUUGCGUUCCCCCCCUCAGAAGCAGGUCUCGAGAAGGAGGCGUCUGGACAGGCAGAGAAGGAGCCACCUGGCAGCUUCCCUGGCAGCUCUGGCUUGACUUCCACAGACAAAGCCCCGGCAGCUGUCGUGACUGGAGUGAGCCAAAGUGAGAAUCCCUUGGAUGGCAUUUGCCUCCGCGAAUCGGACAAGACAGCCGUGCUCACGUUAAUACGGGAAGAGAUCAUCGCGAAGGAGAUUGAAGCCAACGAGUGGAAGAAGAAGUACGAAGAGAGCUGGCAGGAAGUCCUGGAAAUGAGGAAAAUUGUGGCUGAAUACGAGAAGACCAUUGCCCAGAUGAUAGAGGAUGAGCAGAGGACGAACAUGACCUCGCAGAAGAACUUGCAGCAGCUCACGAUGGAAAAGGAGCAGGCCCUGGCGGACCUCAACUCAGUGGAGAGGUCCCUGUCGGAUCUGUUCAGGCGAUACGAGAACCUGAAGGGCGUCCUGGAAGGAUUUAAAAAGAAUGAAGAAGCUCUGAAAAAAUGUGCUCAGGAUUACUUAACCCGGGUCAAGCAAGAAGAGCAGCGGUACCAGGCCCUGAAAAUCCACGCAGAAGAGAAGUUAGACAAAGCCAAUGAAGAAAUCGCUCAGGUGCGCACAAAAGCCAAGGCGGAGAGUGCAGCCCUCCAUGCCGGCCUCCGCAAGGAGCAGAUGAAGGUGGAGUCCCUGGAGAGAGCCCUGCAGCAGAAGAACCAAGAGAUUGAGGAGCUGACCAAGAUCUGCGACGAGCUGAUCGCGAAGCUGGGGAAGACCGACUGAGCUGCGUUCCCUCGCCCUCCGUUCUGCACCUGGCCGCUUUGUUUUGCAACUCCAAGCACCUUCCUUGCCUUAUUGCCCAGGAACACCCCCCUCGCCACGAGAAGCACACGCGCACACUUCUGCCCGCUUGGUGCAGGCCUCAGCAGCCCCACGCACAGCCUGUUGUCCCAGAGGCAUCGCGGCUCCAAUUGCACCAGAAGUCUUGUGCCCCAGCGUCUCUCGGGGCGCGACUCGGUUUCCCUGUGGUUGGGCCAGCCGGUGUUUUUCUUCUGGCAAUCGUCAGCGAGCGGCUGUGUGGCUGGCCCGGCAAACAGUCCUGCGGCGUUUCCUUGCCACUGGGGAGUGGCUGUGAGUUGUCUGUGGGAGAGCUGGUGUUUGAGGUUGUGAUGGCACUGGGCAUCUCGCUGCUUGGGAGCUGCCUCCUGAAUGCAAGGGGCUGGUCCAGGCUGGGUGCUGAGCCCGUGCCAGGCUCAGAGGGCUUGGGCCGUGCAAAGCUGGUGCCUUGAGAAAGGACGAUGCUGUAUGUGACAUGACUAGAAGAGGCAGGAGGUGGUGGGGGCUGCCUGGCCUCAAAGGGAUCCUGCUGCAUGUGGGUCGGAUUCACCAGUGGACCCCCCACAGUGGGAAUGGCUGGCUUGGAAGUGGGGUGAUUCAUUGUGUGCUGAUCCAAGGGUCUGGUACGUUCGUGUUACCCAGCAUCUUGGGCCCUGGGCCCAGGCCCUGCCAGCAGCUGGGGAGGGAAGCCCCUGCACCUUUCUCCCCAGUGCACUUUAUUGUCCUUGCACUAGGGCCUUCUGUGCUCCCCCACUUUCAGCCUUUGGCCCCCUCCCAGCUGCACACCUGACUCUCCCCAGCCAGAUGGAUGUGGCUGUGCAGUCAGUGACACACACUCGGUCCUGUCGGAAGAACUCGGCGGAAAGCAGGUCAAGUGGCUGCAAGCACGCCUUGAGUCUGCCUCGUGUUUGCUUUGGGGGAAGGGGAAACCACUCUCCCCAGAGCAACGCGGGACUGUGCCUUCCUCUGCAGCUGCUCCACUGCCGGAGCUGUCGCUUCCUAAUAUUUAUUAGCAGUAUUUGCAAAUGCUAAUUGGCAGCAUGCAAAGGGAUGUUGCUUGCAGCUGGGUCUGAACACUGCUGUGAGACCAGCCCCUUGCCCGGCCAUGGGGAAUGCAGACAGAAGGGAUUAGGCUGUCAGAAAUGCCUGCUCAGUGUUAUGAAUCCUGGCAGAAGCAGACGAGCCUUGCACAGUAAAAGCCGGAUACAGGGGGCAGUUUAAAAAUGUGUGGCUCCAGACAGGCGGCUAGGUAGUCAAAGCCCUCCCCUGUGGCCGUGGUGGGCAUUUUCCCUUCAUUGGCCACCCCCACGUGGCUGAUGCUCCUUUCAUGCCCUGGCGCAGACCCAGGAAGCCUGUCGGUGGUGUGGCUGGCGUGUGUACAGAUGUCUGUGUGUGCGUUGUCCUUGUGAUGCUGUUGCAUGAUCCAGCUUCAGCAAGGGGUCUGACCUGUGGGUGCCUGGCAGGGCUGGCCCACCCUGGGCUUGGCUGCGUGGCGUUCGCCUGGGCACGUUGCUUCUCCAGCCUUGGAGAAAUGAUGCUCGCAGCUGAGAGAGAGGCUAUAUGGAUGCUUUGCUAGGUCCAGAGAGCUGUGCUGUGAAGGCUGCCCUCUCCUGGUGUGUGCCCUCAAAUAGCAUGGGCUGUGCAAGGCUGUGGACGGGUGACUGGGUGCUACCUGGGUAGUGGGGAGACAUCAAAUGAAAGGAAGAUGGGAGGAGCUGAGCCCUAGGCAGCUGCAAGGAUCACACUUCAGCAAACCUUUUCGCUGCCGCCUUUCCCUGACUUUCUCCCUCCUUCCAGUGAGUGCAUGGUAAGUGACCUAUUUAAAUCAGAGCCAUAUAUUGGAGUAUAUUUUAUUAUUUCUGUUAUGCCUUGAGAGAGGUUAUGUUGUUUCCCAGGAGACAGACUGACCCCAGCACAAUUGUAGCUAGUGGGACCAGCUUAGCACCGAGCAGAGAAGGGGCCCACCAUGCAGUGGGGAGAUCCCAGCCUAGGUUUGCCUGUGGCUGGUUCCCUCUGUGACCCUGGCUCUUGUUUGGGCAUUCGGCUCUGUGCAUCGGGAACCGUUUCCCAUCCUCUGUUGGCUGUAGCGACCCCCUCCAACGUGCUAGAGGGAAGAGCCUCCCUCAGAUGAUCUGCAAAGGGAGGCCAGGCAGUAGAGCAGUCAGCUGCAGAUCCCACGGGGCAUGCCUUCCCUUCAUCUCUGUUCCUUCCAAGUUUGCCUACAGCCUGGGCUUUGCCCCUGUGCUCAGAGCAUGGUGAGUCUGUCUCAGCCUCCAAAUAGCCCUGGGAUCCUUUCCUAGCGCCUCCCCCUGCUCUGGCAGGAGGCUUCUGCAAGCGGGUGAUGACAUAGUCAAGGUGAACCCGAAAGGGGGCUCUUUGAGGAAGUGCCCAAGCACUAAGACGUUUCUCUGGGCCUGCGGGGUCUGCAAAGUCUGGGCUAGAAGCUUUCUGGAGACGACCCCAGCAGAGAUGGGGGGAAAUGAAAGCCACAGAGGGAGGAGUUGUCCCAGGGUUUCAGAGCAUCGUGCAUCAGCCCAGUCAAUUCUCGUUCUCAAGUAGCAGCGGGCCAAAUUCCUGCACCAUUUCAGCUCCAAUUAAACCCUCCAAUUAGGGAUGUGCUGGGAAUUAAGGCAUGCGCAGGCUGUGGGUUAGUCUUCUGGAUUUCACCCAACAUGGCAACAAAUUGUUCUGGGAUAAAAGUGUAGCUAGGGGCCUGGAUUGAGCUGCUCUCUUCCAGUCUUGUCCCUGGUGGAGCAGGCUCUAGGUGGUAACUAGAGCAGCCAUGCAGACCUCGAGGGUGGCUCCGAGACUGAGUCUAAUUCUGCAGCAUGAGUGUUGGUGACUGUUCCUUCUGCCUGCUGACCCUGCACAAGCUGAGGGGCAGGAGGUGGCUGUAAUACUGUGUGUGUGUGUGUGUGUGUGUGUGUGUGUGAGAUGAGCACUUUUGCACUGGGAGCCCUGCACACUUCCCUUCACUCCAAGUAUGUCACAAGGUGUUUUCUGAUAUGUAAGACCGCUUAUCUUUGCUCUGAACACAGACGGUUUUGCUGGGGUGUCUGGCUGCCGUCCUGCUGCUGCAUGCUUUGGUGGUCACGUGCACACUCCCAGCCGUGCCCGGAGAAGUGAAACCAGAUUUCAGGGCAGGCAUUGUUGAGUUGGCACCAAGAGAGCAAGGUGAGGUUUGCCCGUUGAGGGACGAGAGUCUGGCGAAGUAGAACACGAGGGCUCUGAAGGCCGACUCCUCCAGAAGGAAAAUCUUCUCGUGCUUGGAGGGAGCCGUCUGUCUCUCCUCCCGGUGCUGUGCUGUGGCUCUGAGAUAAGGCACCCUCGCAGCAGCAUUUGGCUUUGCUCGGGAGAACGCAGCAUCCCAAAGCGACAUGCUGCUCUCUGCACCUAUGCAAAAUUGUAGCCUGCAAUUUAAAGCCAGCCUUUCCCACGGGCCCCUCUGCUCUGCACAGGGCUUCUCCCCUUUGGGCUACGCUGAUUUGAUGAGAUCUUCCCUGCUCCCUGGUGUCCAGUGGUUGCACUUUCACUGUCUGUGUCACCUGAGUGUCGUCCAGUCCUGUGCCUCUCAGCAUGUAGUUAGAGCCUGGUCAAGCAAGAUUCCUCAGGAAUGAUUUAUUAACUAUAAGAUGGUUAUAGUGACAUGUCUAUAAUAAAUAUAUAUAAAGGUUAUAGUUCUCUGUAAUGGAAGAUGUGUGUGUAACUUGAAAUCGGUGAGGCUGCUGCAUCUGGUGUGCUGCUUCAGAGCCAGGAGUGAAGCCGUGGUAGAGAUUGGCGUGUCCCCUGUAGCACCUUCUCUCUGGGGCUGUAAAGAGGAUGCUUCAUCUCUUGCUGUCCAGCAGUGCUGGCGGGAGAGUUUGAAGGUCGCUGCUUUCUCAGUGCAGGGCGCCCGUGACAAUUCAUCAAGUAUUGCUGCUCUCCAUAAGUGUCUCGUGAACACAAAGGGAAUGAAGAUCUUCUGUUCCCCCCCACCCCCCUUGGGCCCCUUGCAAACUAAGAUGCAUCGCAAACGCAAGGAAACUUGAAAUGUCCAUGCACUGAGUGCAAAGUAUGGCCAUCUCUCUCUCUGUCUCUCUGCAGUAAAAGUGAAGCAUCCCUUUUCGGCGUCCAGAGCGCCUGCCUGUGAAACAAUUCCUGUUGCUGUCUGCAAGUGCACACCUGCCCGUAGAUAGACCCCUUGUAGACGAUAAAGUGCCAAUGAGUGACCAUCCUGACUGCAUUUCUGCUUCCACCAUGUUCCCACUGCGUGCCCUCCUCCCUCCUUCUCAGAGGCAGGAAAAGAGCGCUCUGCGUUGACUACUAUCAGGUUGCUUUGUACAGUGUAUGUAACUGCCAUCCGCAUAAAUUUUAUAUGUACAAUAAUUUCCCUUUUAUAUGUCAGGUAAAUAUUUGUAAGAGUUAUACUCACACAGAUGAGAUUAUAAUAAGGAUUACUAAUAUAUUUUUUCCAUGUUUCAUUGCCUGAAUAAAAACUGUGUUUACCACUCUGG